CUCCCUGCCCCCCGCCGGCGGUGCCCGCCCGGCGCUUUCCAGCUGGAGCGCUCUGGCGGCUGAGCUGGUGCUGCUGCUGCGGCGGCGGCUGGUGCUGCGCACAAUGUCCGCGCGAGGCGGCUUCUACAAGCAGGAAUUGAACAAGACGGUGUGGGAGGUUCCCCAGCGCUACCAGAACCUGACCCCGGUGGGCUCCGGAGCCUACGGCUCCGUGUGUUCAGCUUAUGAUACCAAAACAAGACAGAAGGUGGCAGUAAAAAAGCUUUCAAGACCUUUUCAGUCACUAAUUCAUGCAAGAAGGACCUAUCGGGAGCUUAGGUUGCUUAAGCACAUGACACAUGAAAAUGUUAUAGGAUUACUAGAUGUUUUUACACCUGCAACUUCAAUAGAAAAUUUUAAUGAAGUGUAUCUCGUGACAAAUUUAAUGGGUGCUGACUUGAAUAACAUUGUAAAGUGCCAGAAGCUAACAGAUGACCAUAUACAGUUUCUCAUCUACCAGUUACUUAGAGGACUUAAGUAUAUUCACUCAGCUGGAAUCAUCCACCGGGACUUGAAACCCAGUAACCUAGCUGUAAAUGAAGACUGUGAAUUAAGGAUUUUAGACUUUGGCUUAGCUCGACAAACUGAUGAUGAAAUGACUGGAUAUGUAGCAACAAGAUGGUACAGAGCUCCGGAAAUUAUGUUAAACUGGAUGCAUUAUAAUCAAACAGUUGACAUUUGGUCAGUGGGAUGCAUCAUGGCAGAGUUACUGAAAGGCAAGGCUCUUUUUCCAGGAAACGACUAUAUUGACCAACUAAAGAGAAUAAUGGAAGUUGUAGGAACACCCAGUCCUGAACUUCUUAAGAAAAUAUCAUCAGAACAUGCUAGAAAAUACAUUGAAUCUCUACCAUAUAUGCCUCAGCAGGAUUUGAAAGCAGUAUUUCGUGGUGCCAACCCAUUAGCUGUAGAUCUUCUUGAGAAGAUGCUUAUAUUAGACAGUGAUAAAAGAAUAACAGCCUCAGAAGCACUUGCUCAUGCUUACUUUGUCCAGUAUCAUGAUCCUGAUGAUGAGCCUGAGGCCGAGCUAUAUGACGAAUCAAUAGAGAAUAAAGAACGAACCAUAGAUGAAUGGAAAGAGAUUACAUAUGAAGAAAUGAUUAGCUUUAAACCACCUGAUUUAAAAAUGGAUAGCCUGGAAAUAGAACAGUAAAUACAACCAGCUGUGUUUUGCUUUGCUGGACUACCAAGACUGUUGAAAACAUAGCAUUACAAUUUAACCUGUAUUCCCAAGAGUAGAUUUCACUCUCCAAAGAUGUUGGAAAAGGUAUGGAAGAGCAGGUAAAUGAUAUUGAAGCCAGAGUUUAUUUGUUUUUCCUUGUACUAUGAAUGUAAUCACAGAAAAUAAAAAGGUGGUAAAGAACUGCUUCAUUCUGACAAAAUGAUGCACUGAGUUUGGUUUUGCUGGAUUUUUUCUGCAUGUUUCAUUUUAUUGUUUGUAAUGCCAAAAAUGAAGGUAACUUUUUAUUAUUUUGAAUAUACUUUUUAAAAAAUUGUACAUUUAAAGCAUGAAUAUGUGCAAACAUGAAAGUAGAAGUACAUAUACGCAACCACUUGUUUCCUGGCAUUACCCUAAUUUUAUCUGUUUUUUUUUUAAUUUUAUUUAUAGCUAGUGCCUUUAAGGUAAAGAGGGCAUGGUAGUGAGUUAGACGUAAUAUGCAAAUGUAGUCAUAUCUGUGGUGGUCUUAUAAACAUACUGGAUGUCUCUUGAGUGGUUUAACACCAGUUGGAAAUCAGUGAAUAAAACUUUGUCCUGCUGCCAUGUAAA